AUGGAUGAAUUACCUUCAGAGAAGGUGUACAAUACAUUCAACAGCGGAAAUACUACCUGCAGUUCUUGGCCAAUGCUAUCUGGAAGGAGUGAAGUAAUAUGGAAGGAUAAGUUAAACGAGUACCCGAGUAUUAGGAGUCGUAUGGAGGACAUGAUGAGAGCAGCAUGCUACGUAUCUGAAGAAGUAGCACGGGGUAAAUCCGAAAAUGAUCUCUGUGGUUCCCUCUAUUUUUGGCUAGGGGAUAUAGUACACAAGAAUUUAGGCGGCCGGAGUACAUUUAGUCAAGUUAUGGAUGAAAUAUACCAAACAAUUAGAGGAUGCAUCACAAAAUAUAAUUGUAAUAUAAUAUACAAAGGCACUAGCCAAAGUGAGUUUAAGAAAAGAAAAGAUGUAUUUGAUUAUUCCAAAGAUUAUGAAACAAUAAAUCUGAAGUUAGGAGAAGGUGCAUCUAACUGUGGGGAAAAAAUUUACACUUAUUUAGGAAGAGUCGUUCCAUCAUAUAAAGCUCUAAGUGGAUAUUGCGGAAGGCAGUCUGAGGGUGAUCAAUACUGUAAGGAACUUGGAGAUAUAUUUAUUGGUAAUAAAGAUCCAGAACAAUUAAAAUCGCAAUGUGAAUCGUUGAAGAAUGCAGCAAGAGAACGCGCGGAGAACUGUUUCAAGGAUUUACCUUCACAAAAAAUAUACAAUGAAUUAGAACAAAGGAAGGGUUGCCCAACACUCCCUGGGGGGCAGAAAUGCUGCAGCAAAGUAGAAAGUGGGAAGAAUCGUGAUUUGGAGGAUACAUUAGGGAUAUACACAUACAGUAAAAACUAUGCCAAGGAAAUUACAGGAAAUUGGUAUCAUGCAUCUGAAAUAGGGGGCGACACUUUAUCUCAUGAAGAACGUUGCAAAUUUUUAUAUUACUGGACAGGCACUAAAAUUAAGGAGAAAGUAGGUAGGCGUGCCACACUGGAGUCUGCCAUGAAAGAAAUUUACGAGCACCUUGCAAGAUUCGCAUGUAAUAAUAGGUGCACUAAUUUUUACGAUGAUAACAGUAGCCUGAUCAUUUUCGAGAAUGGUAAAAAACUGUUCGAUUAUUAUUAUGACUAUGCUGCUCUGAAACAAAGCACAGAUUGUAAUGCAAUUUUAUGCAGUUCAACAUAUGAGCAAUAUCUGGAAGAAGCUAAAAAAGCAUAUUCAACUAUAAGUGGUAUUUGUAAUAAUGGCGGUAGUAGUGGUAUAUACUGCAGCGAAUUUAAAAGUAAAGUCACUAAGGGUGAUAUUUCAGAACCAACAGACUUGAUAUGUAGAUCAGUGGGACAACCACAGAUUGCGGUACUUCCAGCAACCUUAGGUUCAACUGAGGAGGUAAGUGGAACUCCGGGACCUGAAAGAGGUAAGCACAAUAAAAUUUACUUUAAGCUAAAUAAAACUACAUCUUAA